AUGAGGCAGAUGGAUUUCAGUUCAUUGGACAAAUUGAAUCUCCGACGCUUUUCAGCCAUUCAAUCUGCUGUCGGCAGAAACUUGACAGGUUAUCAAGCUUCUGUUGUUAACUACAAGAAAGCGCCAAAUCAGGAAGCUCAAAGUCGGUUUACGUCGCUAAAAAAUAUUCGGACACCAUAUUCUCUAAUGCUUGGCCGUCAACAGAUACGCCACACCUCUUCUGCAAUAAGCAAAACUUAUGGCUAUGAAUCCAUUGAAAGCAAAACUAAAGUCCCUACAGUAAGAAUUAACUUUAGACAGACACCUACGCUAUCGGUAGGAAAGAAUGACCGCAUUUCCGAUGCGCGCUAUAAGGUAUUUAGUUUUCCAAUACAUCAGAAAUCGGGCACAAAGAAGCUGAAUACCAUGACCUCACUUCGAGUACCCACGAGGCCAAGUAAAGAUGAAUGGAACGAUACGGCUUUCGAAGACUUGUUUUCCGCUGGUUCUCCUUCUAGUCUGAGCGACAGCAGUGAUUGUCUUUCAUUAUCAAAUGUUUUUGAUACAUAA